AUGAGCGGAACUAGUAUGGAAAAUGCUGUUAAACGGGGCCAGGGUUUAUCGAUAUCGGGGAAACCACUCGAGACGGUUAACAUCGAGGGAAUGACACAGGAAGGUGUUUCUUUCAUUGUCGAGUGUGUAACUGACAACAAACUAAGGACACUUCAAGAUGUUAGGCUGAUUAUCAACAAAGCUGGAGGGAAGCUAACACCAGUAUCAUAUCUAUUUGUGAAACAUCCUUAUAUGCACCUAACAGGGCCCGAGGACUUGUCACCGGAAAAUCAAACGGCGGCACUUGAGGACCCUAUCCUCACAUUGCCGAUUGAGUAUGUUGGCCUUCUCCCCAGUGAAACAUCAACAUGGGAAGCCCGGGUUGAAUAUUCGGAGCCACCGAUGCAACUCGUGGAAGAUAUGCAAAAGAUACUACCAGAGGGUUGGUCUGUGACAAAGACCGGCCUAAAAUAUUAUCCUUCGGACCAUGUCCAAGUUGAGGAUGAAAGCGAAGCAGGGGAUGCCUUUAGAAACUUUGUGGAAAAAUUAGAGGAUUGCUCGGAUGUUAGCGAAAUCUACAGCAAUCUAAGAUGGUCGAGCUAUGAGCCACCAAAGCAUGAAAUUGUGCUAACAGAAUGA